UGCUGCCAUUGGCUGGAGGAGCUGGCACUCGGGCGGGGCCGGGGCCGGGACUCGGCGGCCGGAUGUUGCUGCGGGGGGCGCGGGGCCUGGCGGGGGCGCGGCGGGGGGAGCCCCCGGACAGUGCUGGCAGCUGCGGGAGGGUGCUCAGGGAAGGAGCCACGCAUCCCCACUCUACCAACACCUCCGGCCUUCGGGAGCUUUCGGACACCUCGGCAAAGGCUGGCGGCACCUCAGACACCCCAGGGAGCGACAGCGGGACGGGCAACUCCCAGAGCAAGGAUGCGGUCCCUCCUGCCACCCCCCCGGUCCCCCCACCGCCCACGCACUGCUGCGGGACCGGCUGCCCCAACUGCGUCUGGGUCGGGUACGUGGAGGAGCUGCUGGAGCGGUACCAGGAUGGCGGCGCACGGGCCUUGGCGGCUGUAGAGGAGCACGUGGAGGACGAGAACAUUAAAAUGAUCCUCAAGAUGGAGAUCAGGCUGCGCAUGAAGAAGGACUGACCCUCCCCUGGCCCACAAAAACCAGUGGGUGACACCCCCCCGGAGCCUCUGCUCCAGGCUGGAUGGUGGGAUCCGGACUCAGCUUAUUUAAAUUAUUUAUUUGCGUGUUGAGCCCUGGGACAGUGGGCUGGGGAUGGUCCGAGUCCCCCCCGCUGUAUCAAGCAUGGGAUUCCACAUGUUUUUCA